AUGGCCGACGAACAGCAGAGGAGACAACUAAAUUGCCGUCGUGACACGAUGAUCGCCGCACUGGGUCGGGCUGAGGCCUUUCUGGCUGGAUACAUUUCCGAUCGGGAUCAACUGCAGGUACCGUUGAGGCUUGAGUAUCUGAAUAGUAUGUGGAAUACUCUUGAAGAAGUCCAGGCUCAAUUGGAGGACACCGAAAUCAAUUAUGAAGGUAUGGCACGCAACGCUGAGAUUCGUGCUGAUUUCGAAUCUCGUUUAUUCGCAAUAAAAGCAAAUUUACUUGCAAAGCUACCUGCACCGCUAUCUGAUAACGCUCGAAUUCCUCCACCCUCCCACGCUAAUCCCACUCUCUCUGGGAUAAAACUUCCUACCAUUUCUCUUCCUGAGUUCGACGGUGACUACAAACAGUGGCUCACAUUUCAUGAUACGUUUCUGGCUCUCAUUCAUUCAAACCCGGAUGUUCCAGACAUCCAAAAAUUUCAUUACUUGCGAGCAGCAGUUAAAGGAGAAGCGGCUCAAUUAAUAGAGUCGAUCGCUAUCAGCUCUGCCAACUAUAUUCUGGCUUGGCAAACGCUCGAGGGGCGAUACGCGAACGAUUACCUUUUGAAGAAACGCCACAUGCAAGCGCUCUUCGAAAUCCCUUCCAUGAAGACUGAAUGCGCUGCGACAUUGCAUGCGCUAGUAGAUGAAUUCGAUCGUCAUACGAAAAUUUUACGCCAAUUAGGAGAGCCAACCGACAGCUGGAGUACCAUACUCGAGCACCUUCUGUGCACACGCCUGCACAACGACACAUUGAAGGCAUGGGAGGACCACGCUUCAACUGUGAACGAACCGAAUUAUAAUUGCCUAAUAGAUUUCCUGCAACGUAGGAUUAGAGUGCUGGAAUCGAUUUCCGUCAACCAUCACGUGGAAACACCACGCUCUUGUACAUCUAUUCAUUCGACCAAAAAGACGCCUCACUUUCGUCUUUCGUCCUGUUCAUCGAUAACCAAUUUGGAGGGAAAAUGUCCCGCUUGCAAUCAGCACCAUCCGCUGAUCAAAUGUCAAAGGUUCAAUAAGCUUUCAUUGUCUGAAAGACAGCAACUAGUAAACUUAAAGCGUCUCUGUCUCAACUGCUUAAAAGAUGAUCAUAUGGCUCGUAAUUGUCCAUCCAACUUCAAUUGCAGACACUGCAAUCGCCGACAUCACACUCUACUUCAUGUCACGUCAAACGACAAUGCCAAACAUCGCAUGAACGGUAACGCUAUUCAAAAUUUACCUGUUACUCCUGCACGAAAUAACGUGUCCACACCACCCACGCAACAAUCGACAAUCGCCGAAAGCGAAAACCACUCACCUCAAGAAAUAAGUUUACCUGUCCAACAACCAUAUGAAAAUGUGUUCCUACUCACUGCAGUAGUAAAUGUCGUAGAUGCGUACGGACAUGAACAUCCAGCGCGCGCGCUCCUUGAUAGUGCUUCACAGCCUAAUUUGAUAUCUGAGCGAUUAACUCAAAGGCUAAGACUACGCUCAAACAGUGUGAAUGUUACAAUUCAAGGAGCUGGAAAAUUAGCUAAGGUAGUAAACCGAUCUGUGUUUGCUAAUAUCAAAUCCAGAAAGAUUGAUUUCUCUACCGGUGUCACAUUCUUGGUGAUGGAUAAAGUGACUGCAAAUCUUCCCGCCCACAACAUUCCUAUAUCGGAUUGGGCCAUCCCGAGCGAUUUAUUUUUGGCCGAUCCCACGUUCAAUCAAAGUCAGCCGAUUGAUAUGGUUCUAGGUGCAAGACAUUUUUAUUCAUUCUUCCCAACCGCUAAUCGCAUCCAACUGCGAAGUAACUUACCCAUUCUGGUCGAUAGUGUUUUCGGGUGGAUUGUAGCAGGCUCAUCUCACACCGUCCACCCUAAAAAUGAAGCAACAUUGUCAUGCAGUGUUGUAGAAGUAGCAACGGUAUCAUUGGAAGAUUCUUUGGAGCGUUUUUGGAAAACCGAGGAGUUACAAACGAAAGAUAAUUUUUCGAUAGAGGAAAGACAUUGUGAAACAACAUACGCAACCACUACAACAAGAAACGUUGAAGGGCGAUACAUAGUUCGCCUACCACGGAAGCCUGAUUUCAACAUAAUGCUCGGAGACUCAAGGACAAAUGCCCUACGGCGAUUUCAAUUACUCGAGAAAAGGCUAGAACGGAAUCCAAAGCUGAAAAGUGAAUAUCAUUCAUUCAUACAAGAGUACAUCUCCCUCGGCCAUAUGCGAAUGGUCGGAGUGGACGAUUAUGAAAACUCCCAAACAUUUUAUUUACCCCACCACCCCGUAAUUAAGGAAGGAAGUACCACGACAAAAGUUAGAGUUGUCUUUGAUGGCUCUGCGAAAUCUUCUACCGGCUUCUCUCUAAACGAAGCUCUUUGCGUGGGUCCUGUGGUGCAGGAUGAACUUCUGACCAUAAUUCUCCGAUUUCGCACCUUUCCAAUUGCUCUAGUUGGCGACGUUGCAAAAAUGUACAGGCAAGUACUUGUGGAUCCGAACGAUACACCGCUGCAACGAAUUUUCUGGCGUUUUUCCCAAGAAACUCCAAUCGAAGUUUACGAACUCCUAACCGUGACUUACGGUUUAGCACCUUCAUCGUAUCUUGCUACACGCACUCUGCAACAAUUGGCAGACGACGAGAAAGAAUCGUUUCCAAUAGGCGCACCUGCAGUACGAAAAUGUUUUUAUGUGGACGAUUUUAUUGGCGGCGCCCAAUCCAUAGAGACAGCAGUCCAGUUGCGGAAUGAACUGACUAAUUUGCUCCAGAAAGGCGGCUUCGAGCUCCGGAAAUGGACAUCAAAUCGACUAGAAGUGCUCCAUGGUUUGAAUGUCGAUCAGAUAGGAACUGAAUCUACACUCCAAUUCAGUCCAUGCGAAACCAUCAAGACGUUGGGCAUAUGCUGGGAGCCCGAAGGCGAUUUCCUUCGAUUCGAUUCGGUUGUUCAAGAUCACCACGAAGUUCCAACAAAACGCUCCAUACUCUCCACCAUAGCUAGACUUUUUGAUCCUUUGGGUCUCAUUGCUCCUGUUGUCGUCAAGGCAAAAAUUCUAAUGCAAGAACUGUGGUUGCUUUCCUGCGAAUGGGACGAUCCUGUUCCAGAGAAGACUAGGAUAAAAUGGAAAGAAUAUCAGCGACAAUUACCCAUGAUAGCAGCUUAUCGAGCUGACCGAUUUGCGUUCCAGAUAAACUCGUCAAUACAACUCCAUACAUUCGCUGACGCCUCUGAAUUGGCCUAUGGAGCAUGCACGUACGCACGUUGUGAAGAUGCACGAGGAAACGUGAGGAUUCAGCUUUUAGCAUCCAAGUCGAAAGUGUCUCCAUUGAAGCGGCUAUCUAUUGCGCGUCUUGAGCUUUGCGCAGCGGUUCUAGCAGCACAUCUCCACUCACGAAUUAAACAGGCAAUUGACAUCAGCAUUUCAGGAUCAUAUUUCUGGUCCGAUUCUGCAGUUACACUGCAAUGGUUACGAUCGCCACCGAAUGUAUGGAAAACAUUCGUGGCAAACAGAGUUUCCGAGAUUCAACAUUUCACACACGGCUCUCAGUGGAAUCAUGUGUCCGGUUGCGAGAAUCCAGCGGAUCUAGUGUCCCGUGGUAUGACAGUCGAAGAAUUUCUCAACAGCAAAAUGUGGAGAAGUGGACCAAGUUGGUUGCAGCUCUCAUCACGAAAUUGGCCAAUAUCCAAUCCGCCUGGCGUCGCAGAAGAACUGUUGGAAAUUCGAGCAGUAGUUGCUACCGUUCAAACAUCACCUUCCGUUAAUCCGUGGUUUCUCCGUUGGUCAUCGUAUAGACGCAUGAUUCAUGUAAUCGGAUAUUGUAUGCGUUUCAUCAAUAACGUCCGUGAUAGAGCCAGAACCCAGUCGCUAACUAAUAGCCCUCCAGUUUGCCAAACACUCACUGUUGAACAGCUAAAUAAAGCCAAAAUAUUUCUAAUUCGCCUAGCUCAGAAAGACGCAUUCAGCGAAGAGAUCAAAAACCUGGAAAAAGAGAAAUUAGUAUCAAAACAUUCACACAUUCGCAAAAUGAGUCCAUUCUUAGACCCAGAGAAAAUACUCAGAGUGGGAGGUCGAUUGAAUCUGUCCCAGCUUCCCUACCAAACCAAACAUCCUGCCUUACUACCAAAUCCUCAUCCUUUUACACGAGCAAUUGCAGAGUACUUCCACCAAAAACUACUUCAUGGCGGCGGGCGUUUACUGCUGACCACCAUACGUGAAGAAUUCUGGCCACUACAGGGUCGCAGAUUAGUUCGAAAUAUUGUGCGAAACUGUUUUCGUUGCACUCGCCUCAACCCCGUACCUGUCCAGCAGCAAAUUGGACAGCUGCCUACUUCGAGAGUCACUCCGAGUCGUCCAUUCAGCAUAACUGGCGUCGACUAUGCAGGGCCCGUAUAUUUGAAGCCGAUACAUAAACGUGCAGCUCCGACUAAAGCAUAUAUUUGCAUAUUUGUGUGUUUCGCUACGAAGGCAGUCCACAUCGAGCUCGCCAGCGAUUUAUCAACCCAGGCCUUUCUAUGCGCUCUCCGUCGCUUCAUAUCUCGUCGUGGUCGUCCACUACACAUACACUCGGACAACGGGAAGAAUUUCGAGGGAGCUAAAAACGAAUUAUCCGAACUAUUCGAAAUGCUAAAUGACAGCUGCGAAAUAUCAUCUGCCUGCACAGAAGAAGGCAUCACAUGGCAUUUAAUACCGCCUAAAGCACCACACUUCGGUGGUCUCUGGGAGGCCGCGGUCAAGGUGGCGAAAAGACAUCUCUAUCGUCAGUUAGGAUGCUCCAAGCUGUCUUUCGAGGACAUGUGUACCAUUUUGACUCAAGUCGAAGCAUCUAUGAAUACACGACCGCUACUACCGAUGACAGAUGACCCAAACGAUUUAGCAGCUUUAACUCCGGCGCACUUCCUCAUAGGCACUACAAUAACCGCCCUGCCCGACCCAGAUCUCCGUCAUCUUCCAGCUAACCGGCUUGAUCACUUCCAAGAACUUCAGAUGCAUGUGCAAAGGUUUUGGCGUCACUGGCGUUCAGAGUAUCUUCAGGAGCUCCAAAAGGACACUAAAGGCUCAGUACGGAACGAUGGAAUUUCGAUCGGCAGAAUGGUCAUCAUAGUGGAUGAAUUGCAGCCGCCUACACGAUGGUCCUUGGCACGUAUUGUGGACGUUCAUCCUGGGAAGGACCAUAUCAUCAGAGUCGUCUCUCUUCGCACGGCUCGCGGAGUUAUCACUCGACCCACUUCCAAGAUCUGCUUUCUACCAGAUUCAUCAGUAGAUCUGGAUCAGGACGGACGCAUAGGCUUACCAGUCAACCGGAAUGCCUCUAAUUUAGAUAGAUAA